AAUUAACUUUAAAAUACGGUCAUACUGGUUACAUCGCGAUGACAAACUAGCAAAAAAAAAACAGAAAAAAUAGUAACUAAUAGUAAAUAUAACAAGUUAACACCGGGCAGACAGUGCCCAGUCAACAUGGUCAUUCCAAAGGAGAUCCUGAGCGACUAUAAGGAGCUGUACGAGAAGGCCAACCAUCUGGUGGAGGAGGAGAGUCGUAGUGAUCCGCCCACUGAUCCCUUUCGCUCCCAUUACAAAGCCCGCGAUGUUCUGAGCGAUUUGAAAAGGCAGCUGGACGACCAACUGGUCUCUGUCCAGGCCAGCGAGGAGGAUGGGGGGCAGGAUGACCUCUGCUACCGCUUCCUACUGGCCUUUGUCUGUCGCGAUCUGGGCAGGAUCUAUAUCUACACGGAGGAGCCGUCGGAGGGCGAAAAGCUACUAAACCGUUGCCUGGAACUUGUCACUCCGCUCAAGGAGCUUCCCCAAGGCAUCAUUCCAUUCAUUGGAGCCAUCAACGAGCUGAGCAUUGUGCUGGCCUCCAAGGAGGAUUACAAAAAGGGUCUAGACAUUCUCAUUGAGGCGGAUACCAGCUACGAGGAUUUUAAGGCCAGUGGCUUGCAAGCCCUAGCCGUACAGGAUAUAUUUAACCCCCCGGAGGAUGGACAGGAUGCUCCAGCGGCGGGACCCAAGGAGCUGGAAUCUCUGUACACGUUGGUCUCCUUCUACAUGGCCCAGAUGUACGGCCAUCUGGGGGAGCCGGAGAAGUCGGCCAGGUGCUGCCAUCGCACCCUGCACAGGCAACUCGAAUACAAGACGUACGAUGCCAUUGAUUUCGCACUGAACACGGCCACCUUGUCGCAGUUCUACAUUGGAGAGGAGCGCUUCCAGGAGGCGCGUCAUCACCUGGCCGCCGCCACGCUCAUCAUGGCCGAAUACGAGACGCACAUGUUGGAGCCGGAGAUGAGCGAGAAGCAGCGCCAGGAUACAACGGAGACCUUCAAACAUCGCUACGCCGAUGUGGCCCGCUGUUGGGCCAAGUACGGAUUGUAUUUGAUGCAGACCUCCAAGCUGCGUCUGAUGAGGGACGAGGAUGAGGAUGAUGAGGCCAAGAGCCUGGAGAAGGUGAUGCGCAAUCUCCGGCUGGCCGAGGCGAAGCAGUCCCGGUUUCCAGGACUCGAUCUCACCGCCUGCGAGAAUCGAAUAAGUUGCGACUAUUGCCUGACCUUUGACGAUGCCAAGCUGGUGUUCCAUUUCGUUAACGAGUGGCUGGACAUAGCCAAGGACUAUUACAAGGCCGAGAACGAGGCCACCGAGUACUCGAAGAUCAUACAGGACUACGCCGAGGCGUACGAGCACAUUGCCUUCUUCGAGGAGAAUCCGGAAAACCAGGCUAAGAUGCAAAAGCGGCGUGCCAAGUAUCUGGAGGAUCUGCUGGAUCUUCUGGACCCCAUUUUCUAUAUGAAGAUAUGCCGGGAAUGCUGGUAUGGCGCCGGAACAGCGCAUGCCGCCGUUCUAGAUGUCCGUCUAGAUAUUAUUCGAUCGACGAGUACACCGUCGCCGGAGGAAAUCAAAAAGGUCAACCAGAGCUGCAUGAAGGCCAUCCAGCACUUUGAGAGCUAUGUCAAAUCCUAUCUGGCCAAACCGCAGAGCGAGGAGUGGCGUCCCAACAUGGACGUGCAGGAGCAGCGUCUCAUGCUCUACGCCCACUUCCACAUUGGCCGCAUCUACUACAAGCUGAUCAGUGCCCAUCCGCUCCAGCAGCUGGAACACCUCGCCAAUUGUCACAAGUACUACAAGCUAUUCGAUGCCGGUUGUGAGCUGCACAAGGAGGCAGCCGAGCAGUUGCAGGGAGAGAUCGGUGUGGUGCGCGAAAUGCUGCAGCUGCUGCCCCUCAAGAUAAACACGGUCAAGGCCAGGUUUGUUCGUCGCAAAAUGGCGCACGCCACACCACAGGGCGUCAAGCUGUUAAACGGAUGGAAGCGUCCGGGUCGCUUUGAGAAGGGUCUGGGUGCCCAGCUGCCCGAGGCGUACAAGAAGUUCUGGCGCGAGUGGAAGCUGACGACUCCGGCCGCCGUUCAUUACAUCCCCAAGGAGCGCGAAUGGGAACGUGACGAGGUGACCCAUGCCAUUAAGCCGGUGCAGAACAUACCGUUGCCACUGAUCGACACCCCAGAAUCGCACAAGGGCAUCUGGGGCGGAGAGGCGGUGAUCAAGGGCUUCCAGAAGCGCCAGCAGACGAAGCGUCGCGUGCCGCACUUCUGGGUGCCCAAUCUUCGACGUUCGGUUGUCCACAGCCAUGUAUUGGACUCCUACAUGUCCGUGGUGGUGACGGAGCGCACGCUGGAUCAGAUCCACGAAUGCCAUGGCUUCGAUCACUAUCUCCUCAAGAAUCGGGCCUGCGAUCUUCGUUCCGCUCUGGCCCUGAAACUCAAGCGAGAAGUGCUUCAGGCCCUGCAGAAGGGUGUCCCGGCCUUGGCCGACGAACCCGAGCGUCAGAAGGAAGUGCUGAAGGAGUACAGCCGAUAUCUGGAACCGUAUUCUGCCGAGGAAAUCGAUUGGUACGGCCAUACCUACCUGGAGGCCAUACGCAAGCUGCAGAAUCAGCUGCGUGAGGCGGAAAAGGUGCUGCCGCAUAAGCUGGAGUUCCGCAGCAAGCUAAUAGACCAGCUGCGGCAGGCGGGGAUCAGUGAGGCGGGAAAGCUGGAGAAGCCCGACGCACUGGCGGGACCUUCAGCCGAGCACAAGGAUUCAGACAUCGAGGCGCUAACAAAGCUGGAAUCCUCGCCCUCUUCCAGUUGGCUGUCCAAGAUUAAUCCUUUUGGCAAAAAAGAAACCUAGACCAGUAGUUGCCCUCGUAUGUUUUUGAUUUAUGUGUUUAGCCUGGAAAGAAUAAACAUAAUUUCGAAAA